AUGUCUAGUUUUUUUCUUUGGGCUGCUCUGCUUAUUAAUUUUUUAACUGUACAGUGCCUCUUUAAUCAAUAUCCAAAAAUAAGUCUUGGGGAACCUGAUGAUGGAGAUCCAGGUAGUCCAUUAUUCCUUACUCCAUAUGUCGAGAGUGGUAAUGUCACAGAAGGCAGGCGGUUGGCUCGCGUGCCAUUUACAGAAAGCCUUAAAAUAAAAAGCUAUGCAGGAUUUUUCACUGUGAAUAAACAAUACAAUUCAAAUCAAUUCUUUUGGUAUUUUCCUGCUAUGAUUAGUAACAAUAAAGAUGCUCCAGUUAUAUUGUGGCUUCAAGGGGGCCCUGGAGCGACAUCUCUCUAUGGACUUUUUACAGAAAAUGGUCCUCUUAGAGUUCAUAAAAAGAGAUUUGAAAGACGUAAGUAUAACUGGGCUUUAAGUCAUCAUGUCAUUUAUAUAGACAAUCCAGUUGGAACUGGCUUUAGCUUCACUGAAGACCCUAGGGGCUACUGCAUUAAUCAGACUCAAGUUGGUGAACAGUUAUACUCCACUCUCAUACAAUUCUUUCAAUUAUUCCCCGAGUUACAAGGCAACAAGUUCUUUAUCACUGGAGAGUCAUAUGCUGGAAAAUAUGUACCCUCUUUGGCCUACACAAUCUACAAGAAGAAUCCUUCAGCUAAAAUAAAGAUUAAUUUGAAAGCAUUGGCCAUUGGUAAUGGGUUGAGUGAUCCCGAGCACCAAUUAGUUUAUAGUAAAUAUUUGUAUCAAAUUGGGCUAUUGGACUGGAACCAGGCUAGUGUAUUCGCUGAUAUGGAAAGCAAAGCUAUUAAUCUUAUUAAACAAGAGAAAUGGAAUGAAGCUUUUGAGGCCUUCGAUACUUUACUUAAUGGUGACAUGAUUGAUGGCAAAAGUGUCUUUUACAACAUGACAGGUUUUGAGUUCUAUUUCAAUUAUUUGUACAAUAAGGAUUAUAAUCAAGAGGAUUUUGGUUCCAUGAUACAAAGUAGCUCUGUCAGGAAUUCCAUUCAUGUUGGUAAUUUAACUUUCCAUGAUGGAAAAGAAGUAGAAAAACACUUAAAGGAAGAUGUUAUGAAAUCAGUUGCACCGUGGAUAUCUGAACUUUUAGACCACUAUUACAUAGUAAUUUAUAAUGGGCAGUUGGAUAUUAUUGUUGCAUAUCCAUUGACUUUAAAUUAUUUGAGAAACCUCAACUUUACCGGUGCUGACGAGUAUAGGUCAGCCAAGAGGUAUCAGUGGUAUGUUGACGGAGAAUUGGCUGGAUAUGUAAAGCAAGGUGGUAAGUUGGUUGAGAUCAUGGUACGAAAUGCUGGCCACAUGGUUCCAGGGGAUCAACCUAAAUGGGCACUUGAUCUUAUAACUAGACUGACCCAUGAAAAAACUUUUACCCAUGUACAU